UUAUAAUUUACUGCACUUGUUAAAUGCCAAAUUGGGUGCCACGAUUUGCAUUUGAGUAAAUCUAUUAAUUUACAGUAAAUCAUCAUUAACCCAAAGAUCUAAGUCUAUUUCUUCAAAAUGAACAUUUCAAUGAUUGUAUUUCAAUUUACUUUACUGUUAUCAGUCCAUUUAUUAGGGGCUCAAUUUUCAAUACCUUCAAUCACUUCAGAAAUAACUAAAUUGCGAGAUGCUAGGAUUGAAUUUUUUAACAAAUUUUUAAAUUCGAUCCCGAUCCCAGAAAAAGCUUCGAAGCAAGUGUUACUGCGAAAAGUAUCUGGAAAAGCUUUCAACUCAGAACUGAUUGACGCUGCAAGUCAACUUGAGACAAUAAUUGCUUCACCACAUGGACCAAUUGCGUCUCCUUACUCGCUUGACUUUGAUCUACCAUCCAACAAUAACAAUACCUAUGAUUAUGUGAUUGUUGGAGCUGGAGCUGCUGGUUCAACAGUAGCUGCUCGAUUAACAGAAGACCCUAGUGUUCGUGUCUUAGUUAUUGAAGCUGGUGGAAAGGAGAAUAACUUUAACAACAUUCCUCUAUUUGCUUUGUUACAACAGAAAACUCCAAUCGACUGGGGAUAUUAUUCUACACCUCAAACUCGAUCAGCUCAGGGUUUGAAUGAUGAUCAGAUUCCAGCGUCUCGAGGUAAAGUCGUCGGUGGCUCUACCUCUAUUAACUUCAUGUUGUAUGUUAGAGGCAAUCCAUCAGAUUAUGAUAAAUGGCAAGAAUUAGGUGCCACAGGUUGGAAUUACUCAGCUAUGGCUCCUUACUUCGUCAAAAUGGAAGAUUCAAGAGACUCGAAGAGUGACCCUGGCUACCAUGGUACUAAGGGUCCAAUGACAAUCUCAGAGCUAAACGAUCCUUUCGAAGCAGAUACAGCUCUCUUAGAAGGAGCCCGUGAAUAUGGUCUAAACAUUGGCGACUACAACGGUGCAGAUCAAAUGCGGUUCCAAUAUGGCUCGCAUUACAUUCGAGAUGGUAAGCGAUGUUCAACUGGUCGUGCUUACCUAGGACCUGCUUCUUCGCGUCCAAAUCUGGAUAUCUUUUUGUAUUCACGAGUUAAUAAAGUUAUAUUUGAUGGAAAGCGAGCGAUUGGAGUUGAGUUUACAAACAGUGAAAAAGAUUAUCAAGUCUUUGCUCGAACAAAAGUGAUCAUCUGUGCUGGUGGAAUCGCAACACCACAACUAUUGAUGUUAUCAGGCAUCGGACCGAGAGAUCAGUUGGAAAAAUUUAAUAUUUCAAUAGUUCAUGAGUCUCCAGGAGUCGGAAAUAACUUACAAGAUCAUAUAUUCACGAUUCUUUUCUUCAGGACUAAUUAUGGGACAAGUUUCGUACCCGACCGAAUCGAUGCUGCAAAAAGUUUUGUUGAAUAUGUAACGACUCAUAAUGGAUCCUUUACAUCCUCUGGAUUGAAUGUAAAUGGGUUCUGGAGAAGCAAAUAUGCAGAUGAUUCAAGACCAGAUAUUCAAAUACAAGCAGAAAGUCUUGGCUUAGGAAACGUUCUUGCAAAUUACUAUUUAGGUUAUCUGUUCAAUAUUGACAAACAAACAUUGCUCAAAUAUUUUAUGCCUAAUGCCGAAACGGAUGGAACAAUCGUACUAAUGACCUUAGUUAGGCCCCGAAAUACUGGUACAAUUAAAUUGGCCUCCUCUGAUCCUAGGGAUCCUCCUUUGAUCGAUUUCAACUUCUUCACUAAUCCUCGCGAUCUUGCUGCUAUGGUUGAAGGAUGCAAAUUGGUUCUUAACAUAUCAAAGACACAGGCAAUGCAAUCAGUGGGAGCAGAGUUUUUCAAUUCCCCACUUCCUGGUUGUGAACAAUAUCAAUUCGAAUCAGAUGAUUAUUUAAGAUGCCUUAUUCAAACGCUAACUUUCACUAUCUGGCAUUCGAUUGGCACAGCUAAAAUGGGUUCUCCUGAUGACCCAAUGGCUGUUGUUAGUCCUGAUCUUCUUGUUCAUGGUGUGGAUAAUCUCAUGGUUAUUGAUACAUCUGUAAUGCCUGAGAUUCCAACAGGGAACACGGCUGCUCCUACUAUCGCAUUAGCUGAGAGAGCAGCAGAUAUGCUGAGAGGAAGAGUACUGAGACCUCAAAGUCUUCCAUUCACUGAUGAAGAGGAUAUAAUUUCUGAUUAUGUUCCGUAUCAAAUUAAUGAUUAAGUUUACAGGACUUAGACAAUAAUAUGAAAUAUUAUACAAAAUAAAAUUACACUUUCAGCAUCAACUAGAUCGACUUUACAGCUUCACUAUUAUCCAUUUGCAGCUUUAAGAAACUUUGAUCUUUUAGCCUUCGAAACGCUAAGUUUGUUUUUAAAUACACAAUCAAAUCAAUUUCCACAAUUGGUACAAUUGAGAAAAACAGAUAAAAAUUAAUUUUUGACUUACUUAGACUGAGUUGGUUUGUGGGGACAUAAAAUCUGAGUCCAUGAAUAAUUUCAAAAUUUUCUUUCAG